CCCGAGCGAGGCGGCGGGGCCGUCCCGAGCGGCAGGGGGCGGCGCGGUGCCGCUCCCGCCUUCCCUGCGCGUCGGAAACAUGGCGGCGGCGAGGGACUGAGCAGCGGCCGCGCAGGUUUUGAUAUGCCGCAGUGUUUGGACUGACUUUGGUGGCCUGUAGGAGUGAUGGGGAACUAGAGCCCAUGACAGUUCAGAGGAGCCCCUGGCACUUUUGAGAUCUCGACAUCUUCAGUUAUCCAAAAGGCAGCCAGUCCCAGGGUAAGGACAGCAGCAGGUGAUAGAAUGCGGAAACCAGGCCCUCAAAAAGCCAUAGACUGGAAAGAUGGUAAAAAGCACAAGUACGGCCGCCCAUCAGAGUCCCCCUCCCAGUACCAAGGUCACUUCACCUGGGAGAAAUACCUGAAAGAAACAUGUGCCAUCCCAGCUCCCGCCCAUUGCUUCAAGCAGUCAUACACUCCACCUGCAAAUGAAUUCAAGAUCAGUAUGAAACUAGAAGCCCAGGACCCCCGGAACACCACGUCCACGUGCAUCGCCACAGUGGUGGGUCUGACGGGCGCACGCCUGCGCCUGCGCCUCGAUGGCAGUGAUAACAAGAAUGACUUCUGGAGGCUGGUGGACUCUGCUGAAAUCCAGCCCAUAGGAAACUGUGAGAAGAACGGAGGGAUGCUGCAGCCUCCACUGGGCUUUCGGCUGAAUGCCUCCUCUUGGCCCAUGUUCCUUCUGAAGACUCUGAAUGGAGCAGAGAUGGCUCCUGUCCGGAUUUUCCACAAGGAACCACCAUCUCCAUCCCAAAACUUCUUCAAGACAGGUAUGAAGCUGGAGGCAGUGGACAGGAAGAACCCUCACUUCAUCUGCCCGGCCACCAUUGGGGAGGUGAGAGGUUCUGAGGUCCUCAUAACAUUUGAUGGCUGGAGAGGUGCCUUCGAUUACUGGUGCCGAUAUGAUUCCCGGGACAUCUUUCCCGUAGGCUGGUGCUCGCUGACUGGAGAUAAUCUGCAGCCCCCUGGAACAAAAGUUGUGAUUCCAAAGAGCCCUUUACCUGCCUCCGAAGUAAACUCGGAGAAACCUAGCAUGCACAGUAGCACAAAGACUGGUUUGGGGCAUCAACAAGGGCAAAGGCGUCGCAAAACAGGGAAGAAGCGUGGUCGAACGACCAAAGCGCUAAUCCAUCACCCCAUGCCUACACCCUCCAAGUCAGUGGAGCCUUUGAAAUUCCCCAGAAAGAGAGGCCCCAAGCCUGGCAGUAAGAGGAAACCUAGGACAUUGCUGAAUCCAGCACCCACCUCUCCAACCACCAGUACCCCAGAACCAGACACAAGCACUGUGCCCCAGGACGCUGCUACAGUUCCCAGCUCUGCCAUGCAGGCUCCCACAGUUUGCAUUUACUUGAACAAGAACGGCAGCACUGGGCCCCACCUAGACAAGAAGAAAGUUCAGCAGCUGCCGGACCAUUUUGGACCUGCUCGAGCUUCUGUUGUCCUGCAGCAAGCAGUACAGGCCUGCAUUGAUUGUGCUUAUCAUCAGAAAACAGUCUUCUCCUUCUUAAAGCAAGGCCACGGUGGAGAGGUCAUCUCAGCUGUGUUUGAUCGGGAACAGCACACUCUGAACCUGCCAGCAGUAAACAGUAUCACCUACGUCCUCCGCUUCCUGGAGAAGCUCUGCCACAAUCUUCGCAGUGACAACCUCUUUGGGAACCAGCCUUUCACUCAGAACAGCCACAUGCAGCGCUCACACGAGUACGACCACGACAGGUAUCUACCAGACAGAAGCAGUUCCUUAGACGGCACUCUGCAGGGACCAGGCCGGGGUACAAAGCGCUAUUCCCAAGACCCCCCUCCAUACAGUGCUCCUCUCUCCCCCAAGUUACCAAAGAAUGACCGUCACCCUUUGGAAGGUGAAACCUUUGUCCUGGGAGAUGGGCUCCCAGGGCCCUUGGAGCCUCGCCUGGACCCCAUGGACUCUGCCUUGAACUCUGUCAAUGCAUCCAGCCACAGCAGGAGCUCCAGAGACUAUCGCCUGCCAGGAUACAGGCACCUGCACCAACCCUCUAGCCUCAGCCAGGGCAGCUCCUCUGCCUUGCGUAGGCUUAGCUCUGGGGGCUCAGAGAGGUACCUGGGAGGCAGGGACGUGGCCCGGCCCGGCGGCCGCGAUCCCUCGUCCUGGACGGUGGAGGAGGUGAUGCAGUUCAUCCGGGAGGCGGAUCCGCAGCUGGGACCCCACGCGGAUCUCUUCCGGAAACAUGAGAUCGACGGGAAAGCCCUGCUCUUGCUGCGGAGUGACAUGAUGAUGAAGUACAUGGGGCUGAAGCUGGGCCCAGCCCUGAAGCUCACUUACCACAUCGACAAGCUAAAGCAAGGCAAGUUCUGAGAGGACGCUUGGCAGGACGGACCCUGGAAGCUCCGCUCCUGGCCACCCGCACCCGCGCUCGCCUGCCCACAGGUACCGCAUGCACUCACACCCAUCAGCGCCGACGGACACCUCGCUGACAGCCCGGCCCCGCCGCAGGCUCCAGCCCGCCCUGUGCCAGCGGGAGGAGGCUGGAGCACAGCUGGAGCACAGCUGGCCCCAGGGCUUCGCACCGGACUCGAGGCAUGGGCAUCCCGUUGGAAGCGGAGGGUCCAGUCCUGCUUCCCUGGGAUGGAGCCGCGGCGCUGGGCAGAGCCCAUGGGAACAGGGCUGUUGGCUCCCACCCCUCGGAGCAGCGCUGGGGCACUGGACUCCUUGUGCCACCCAACCUUGCCCCUGUGGCACCACGGCAAGCUCAGAGCAGCGACCACCUCCAGCCCAGUCUUCUACAUCCAGGAGCCUCUCGCUUCCCUCGGCUCCAUCCUUCCUCCCGCCGGGAGCACCGGGCAACGGUCGAGACCUUCGUAUUUAUUUGUGACUGGGGCGGCCACGCAGCAGCACUGGGGGCACCGGGUGAGCUGAGGAGCAAGGCUGGGCCUGGUGCCCCGCGGCAGGGACGGGGCUGGGGCAGCCGGUGCGAUGCUGCGGCACUCGCCUCCUCCUCCUCCUCCUCCUUUCCUCUUGUUUUCAAGUCAGGAGCUCUCUGUCCCCAGAGCUGAGGUGAUUUUUGUACCCGGAGCUGAACUCGCAGCUCCUGGUGGUUUUUCCACGUUCGUCUUCCCAGGGGCUCUCCCGCUCCAAUGGUGUCAGCUCCGUCCCAGCUCGGCGCAAUGCAAGAGGCUGUUGGACCUGGCAGGUCAGA